GUUGCGUGCUCGCUCGCGCCAGGCGAGUCUCGGCGUCUCUCUCGCGAACUCCGUGAAAGGAAUUGGCGCCGUUCGACACCAGGCGGGUCCGCUCUGCAGCAGGAACCCACGUCCAGCCGCAGCCGCCACCCGCGCCGAGGAGCAGCCGCCGCCAGUGCCGAGGAGGAGCGAGUCUGAGCAGCGCCAGCGUGAACGGGGCCCUCACCAUGAGUUCCUCGCCUGUGAAUGUAAAGAAGCUGAAGGUCUCGGAGCUGAAGGAGGAGCUCAAGAAGCGGCGCCUCUCCGACAAGGGCCUCAAGGCCGACCUCAUGGAGCGGCUCCAGGCCGCGCUGGACAGCGAGGAGGCCGGCGGCCGCCCCGCCAUGGAGCCCGGGAACGGCAGCCUCGACCUGGGCGGGGACUCCGCCGGGCGCUCGGGAGCAGGCCUCGAACAGGAGGCCGCGGCCGGCGGCGACGAGGAGGAGGAGGAGGAGGAAGAGGAGGAGGGGAUCGCCGCCCUGGAUGGCGAACAGAUGGAGAUCGGGGAGGAGAACGGCGCCGCGGGGGCGGCCGACGCGGGCCCGAUGGAGGAGGAGGAGGCCGCCUCGGAGGACGAGAACGGCGACGACCAGGGCUUCCAGGAGGGGGAGGAUGAGCUCGGCGACGAGGAGGAAGCCUCAAAACCCAAGGGCUGUGUGUGUGGCCUUGGGGCUCGGCCUCCUGAAUUCGGGGUGUUGUGUGUUGUAGGCGACGGCAAAAGCGAGCAGAAAGGCGGAGACAAAAAGCGAGGAGUGAAGCGCCCGCGGGAAGACCACGGCCGUGGCUACUUUGAGUACAUUGAGGAGAACAAGUACAGCAGAGCCAAGUCCCCGCAGCCGCCCGUGGAGGAGGAAGAUGAGCACUUCGAUGACACGGUGGUUUGUCUUGACACUUAUAAUUGUGAUCUGCAUUUUAAAAUAUCAAGAGAUCGCCUCAGUGCUUCUUCCCUUACUAUGGAGAGUUUUGCUUUUCUUUGGGCUGGAGGAAGGGCUUCUUACGGUGUGUCAAAAGGCAAAGUCUGCUUUGAGAUGAAGGUUACAGAGAAGAUCCCAGUAAGGCAUUUAUAUACAAAAGAUAUUGACAUCCAUGAAGUUCGGAUUGGCUGGUCUCUAACCACCAGUGGAAUGCUACUUGGAGAAGAAGAAUUUUCUUAUGGGUAUUCUCUAAAAGGAAUAAAAACAUGCAACUGUGAGACUGAAGAUUAUGGAGAGAAGUUUGAUGAAAAUGAUGUGAUUACAUGUUUUGCUAACUUUGAAAGUGAUGAAGUAGAACUCUCCUAUGCAAAGAAUGGACAAGACCUUGGUGUUGCCUUCAAAAUCAGUAAGGAAAUUCUUGCUGAUCGGCCACUCUUCCCACAUGUUCUCUGCCACAACUGUGCUGUUGAAUUCAAUUUUGGUCAGAAGGAAAAGCCAUAUUUUCCCAUACCUGAAGACUAUACUCUGAUCCAGAACGUCCCCCUGGAGGACCGAGUUAGAGGUCCAAAGGGGCCUGAAGAGAAGAAAGACUGUGAAGUGGUUAUGAUGAUCGGCUUGCCAGGAGCUGGGAAAACUACCUGGGUUACUAAACAUGCAGCAGAAAAUCCUGGUAAAUACAACAUUCUUGGAACGAAUACCAUAAUGGAUAAAAUGAUGGUAGCAGGCUUUAAGAAGCAAAUGGCAGAUACGGGAAAACUGAACACACUGUUGCAGAGAGCUCCACAGUGUCUUGGAAAGUUUAUUGAGAUUGCUGCUCGUAAGAAGCGAAAUUUUAUUCUGGAUCAGACAAAUGUGUCUGCUGCUGCCCAGAGGAGAAAAAUGUGCCUGUUCGCGGGCUUCCAGCGGAAAGCUGUUGUUGUUUGCCCAAAGGAUGAAGACUAUAAGCAGAGAACACAGAAGAAAGCAGAAGUAGAGGGCAAAGACCUACCAGAACAUGCAGUUCUCAAAAUGAAAGGAAACUUUACACUGCCAGAGGUAGCUGAGUGCUUUGAUGAGAUAACCUAUGUGGAACUUCAGAAGGAGGAGGCCCAAAAACUUUUGAAGCAAUAUAAGGAAGAGAGCAAAAAGGCUCUUCACCCCGAAAAGAAACAGAAGAGCAAUAAAAAUAAGAGUGGCAAGAACCAGUUUAACAGAGGUGGUGGCCACAGAGGACGUGGCGGAUUCAAUAUGCGUGGUGGAAAUUUCAGAGGAGGAGCUCCUGGGAAUCGUGGUGGAUAUAAUAGGAGGGGCAACAUGCCACAGAGAGGUGGUGGCGGAGGCGGAAGUGGUGGAAUUGGCUAUCCAUACCCACGUGGCCCUGUUUUUAGCAGCCGAGGUGGCUAUUCAAACAGAGGAGGGAACUACAACAGAGGUGGAAUGCCCAACAGAGGGAACUACAACCAGAACUUCAGAGGACGAGGAAACAAUCGAGGCUAUAAAAAUCAAUCUCAGGGCUACAACCAGUGGCAGCAGGGUCAAUUCUGGGGUCAGAAGCCAUGGAGUCAGCAUUAUCACCAAGGAUAUUAUUGAAUACCCAAAUAAAACGAACUGAUACAUAUUUCUCCAAAACCUUCACAAGAAGUCGACUGUUUUCUUUAGUAGGCUAACUUUUUAAACAUUCCACAAGAGGAAGUGCCUGCGGGUUCCUUUUUUAGAAGCUUUGUGGGUUGAUUUUUUUUCUUUUCUUUUUUGUACAUUUUUAAUUGCAGUUUUAAAGUGAAUCGUAAGAGAACCUCAGCAUUGUGCACGAUAAGAGAAUGUGUCAGUAUUUCAGGGUUCUACAUUUUAUCUGUAAAAUGUGACUUUUUUUUUAUCACAACAAAAGUAAAAUGUUGCUUUGUACCUGGUGUCUUUUAUUAAGAAUUUACUCCCCCCAUUUCUCAGAGAUAACAGUCGGGAGUCAUUGUCACAAUAUAAUAGAAAUGUUAGCAACCAGAUUCAUGGAAGGGCCAAGUGGUCCUCAUGAAUUGCAUAAGACUCUGUACUGCUCAUAUUACACUCCAUCCUCUCUGUAGUUUGCUGAGUAGUGGAGGGGGUAUGCUAAACAGUAGUUUCUGGCAAUAACUGGGAAGGCUUUUUCUUUUUAAACAACAUUGGAAUUGGCAUAAUUGAAUGAAGAUACAACUUGGAACCAAGAUAGAGAAGAUGGAGUGUAUGUAGAAGGGCUGUUAAAAAUGUAAAACUUGGUUGUAUUAUUUGUGGAGGCUCAAACUUGUGAAGGUUAAAUACCAUAAUUUUCCAUUUGUUCUGCAUUUUGAUUCUGAAAAGAAAGCUGGCUUUGCCCAUUUCUUAUUAAAAAAACUUGUUGUAAAUCCAGUUGUCUAAUGGGAUCUAUAUGAAGUUAGCUAUGUCUGUAUGCCCUUCUCCCACAAAAUACUGUAUAACUAGUGUGCUUGUAGUAGUUAACUCCACCAUCUUUGUAAGCUAAUGCAAUUGUGAGUCACCCAUUUAUAUCUUAAUUUUUAAUCAUGUCAGUUCUUGAAUGGGUAUCUCCUUAGCCUGCUGAUUUCUUUUUUCUUUCUAAAGAAAGUGGGUGGAGAAAUUAAUUUAGACGUUUGUUUGCAAUAAAAAGAAUUCAUUUUA